CAUUAAUCAAAACAGAUAAACGAGUCACUUCAGUGAAGUUCAGCAUCAUGUCCGCGAGUGAUUUAAAAAUAGCUGUAGUCGGUGCAGGCGUAGUCGGUGCUACUACGGCCUGGGAAUUGAAAAAACGCUACAAAAAUGCCAGAAUCGAAAUUGUAGCCGAUCGGUUUUACGAAGAUACGACCAGUUAUGUGGCUGCUGGAAUUUUUCGGCCUGGAGGAAGCUUUUGUGGACCUAGUGAUGAGAUUACUGAAAAAUGGAUGAAAGACUCGUACGAGUACUGGGACAACUUAAGAAAAUCAAAAGAAGGCAUAAAAGCUGGAGUCAUCGAGCUUUCAGGAUAUAUAUUUUCCAGCAGCUUUCCACAAAACGUUAGGAAUCGAUUCAUGGAAAAAGUAUGUCCAGUUUACCGAGCAGCUACAAAAGAAGAGCUCGAUUUAUGUCCAGGAGAUUGGAAAUAUGGCUCCUACUUUACCACACUGCUGACGCAAACAUCAUUUUUCAUCCCUUGGACUAUAAAUAAGUUCGAACAAGAUGGAGGUUUAUUGAAACACCAAAAAAUUGAUUCUCUAGAAAAACUAGCACUGGAUUAUGAUGUUGUAGUAAAUUGUAGCGGACUUGGUGCAAAAUUCCUAUGCAAUGACCAUCACAUGGUACCUAUAAGGGGACAAGUCAUAAAGGUGAAAGCUCCAUGGAUAAAAACCUUUUUCUACGGCGACGUGGACACCUACAUCCUUCCAGGCCUGGAUUCAGUAACUCUUGGGGGCUGUAGACAAUACGAAUCUUGGGAUUUAAAUUUCAACAAGUACGACGCAAUGAAAAUCAUGGAUCAAUGCGAGGCGAUGGUACCGAGUCUUCGAGGUGCCGAAGUACUGGGACACAAAGUCGGAUUGAGGCCUCAUCGGAGCGUUGUCCGAGUUGAGAAGGAAAUUAAAAGUUUCGACGGUAAGAGGGUGAAAAUCGUGCACAAUUAUGGACACGGUGGAUAUGGAGUGACUGCUGCGCCUGGGACGUCUUUGCGUGCCUGCAAUUUGGUGCAAGAAGUUUUGUCGGGGAAUAGCAAAUUGUAGAUUAUAUUGAUAAAUAAAUAGAUUUUGAAAUACAUUUGGUUGAAAAUGGC